AUGGAGCACACAAUCCCGCCGUGCGAUCUCGACGAGGUCCGCCGCUACCGGCUCGCGCGCGUGCGCGAGGCUUUGGCCGCGCGCGAUCUCGCGGGCAUCAUCCUCUACGACCCGGUGAACAUCCGCUACGCCACAGAUGCAUCCAAUAUGCAGGUCUGGUGUGCCCACAACGAGGCGCGAUACCUCUACGUGCCGACCGAAGGUCCGGUCACUCUCUUCGAAUUCGGCGGGGGCAGCGACCUGAUUAACGCGGGACUUCCCACAAUCGACGAGGUCCGCGGCGCGACCUACGUGCUCUAUUUCAUUGCCGGCGGGCGGCAGGCUGACAACGCGCGAGCCUGGGCGGCCGAGCUGGACUCGGUGAUUCGCGAGCGGGGCGGUGGCAACCCGCGGAUCGCCAUUGAUCGCGUCGGGCCGGUGGGCAUGAUUGAGAUGCAGCGCCUCGGGUAUGAAAUUCACGACGGCUUCGAAGUGAUGGAGAACGCCCGCAAGAUCAAGUCGGACGGCGAGAUCAUCUUGAUGCGCCACGCCAUAGCCGUGUGUGAGCAGGCCAUCGUCGGGAUGCGCGAGGCGCUCAGGCCCGGCAUCACGGAAAACGCGCUCUGGGCCGAGCUCCACCGCGGCAACAUCGCGGGCGGUGGCGAGUGGAUCGAGUGCCGCCUGCUGGCCUCCGGGCCGCGCACCAAUCCGUGGUUCCGCGAAUCCUCGAUGCGGGUUAUCGAGCGGGGCGACAUCGUGGCCUUCGACACCGACCUUGUCGGACCCUACGGCUACUGCGCCGAUAUAUCGCGAACCUGGGUGUGCGAUGCGCGCCCGAGCGACGAGCAGCGGCGCAUCUAUGCCGAGGCCUACACUCACAUACUGCACGACAAGGCGCUGCUGAAGCCCGGCGUGACCUUUCGCGAGGUGACCGAGGGGCUGCGCCCCCUCGGCGACGAGUUCGUGGACGGCCGCUAUUCAGUGGCGAUGCACGGGGUCGGGCUCUGCGACGAAUACCCGGCCAUUCCCUACCCGCAGGACUAUGAGCCCGGAGACGACGGGGUGCUGCAGGAGGGGAUGGUGAUGUGCGUGGAGGCGCUCGCCGCGCCCGCCGGUGGCCGCGAGGCGGUCAAGCUCGAGGAGCAGGUGUUGAUCACUGCAGACGGCUACGAGCAACUCUCCUCCUAUCCGCUGGAAGAGGACUGGCUGUAG